CAUCCGACAGGUGCGACAAUCACUUUCCACCUGCCACGUAUUCCUGUCUCAUUCACUAUUCCCAUUCUCCCACAUUAAUGACUACUACCACCUCCUUCCCAAUUCUCCAUCUACCUGCAAAGUCUCUGAAACGUGCCAUCUGCUGUCUGACUCCAGAGGAAAUAAUCAAGUUCUCUCUGAUCUCAAAAUGCACAAAACGUGCUGCUGAAUCGUUGAAUCUUCAGUAUGACAUACAUUGGAUCAAAUUCGAAGAAUUUGUUAGCAUAGAUUUGCGCAGAAGUAAAAGUUUAAUAAAAUGGAACCCUCUGGAAGUCGAAUUGAGAAAGCUUAUUGAUCAUAUCAAGUCUGUGUUCCACACGAAUAAACUCGAAGUUUUGAUUAUUCAAAGCGACAAUCACGAUUGGAAGUCGGUUCAUGAAGCUCUUGACGGCCUGGAUUGCUCUAGGACAGGGCUGGAAGUCCAGUCUCAGAAUAGAUACCUCCAGAAAAUUAUCAAUAAAUUCUCCAAAAGAGAUCUUGAUCUGAUCGUAUCCAGCUCCACUUGGUAUCAUCCAAUCUUGAGCUCAAACCGCAAAUACUUAACACUUACCGCCGGCUUUACAGACCUACUCUGUGUGAAUUGUAAAUAUUUAAUCGUGCAACAACCAGUCACUGCACGAGACUUGAACUUGAUGCUAAAACACUGGAUAAAAGGAGCAUAUUUAUCAGUUCACCAGCUAGAGGUCGCAGUCAAUUCUCGAAUAAGAUUUGAUGACGUUUUCAAAAACGUGGAGUACACGGAGAUAUGUAUCCUUGAAGAAAUGUGGGCAGCGGGGAUCAAUUUGAACUUUGCAGACGGAAGAAAUAUUUAUCGAUUUGAUGGAGAACGGGCAAUUGUUGUCCAAGAAGAUCGACGUACGUUAGGGGGUGAUUUUUUUAAUUUACUUUUUUCUUUGAAUUUUUUUUCUGAAAAUUUCAGAAAAUUUCAGAGUUUUCAGAAACUUAUGAAUAUGUUUUUAUAACUUUCUGGAAAUUUUCGGGAAUUUUUAGAAUUUUCGGAAAACGCUGGAAAUCUUUUAAAGUUUAAUUUUGUUUUUUUUGUGUUGAUAUAAAUUUUGUAACUC